UGCAGAAUCUUGAUUCAUCCCCAUGCUUCGGUACGUUGAUACCUGUAUCUUCCUCGCUAAUAGAAACGAAUCCGCAUAGGUAUCUAUUGUCUACGGUACUCCUUUCGGCUUUUAAUCGUGCUCUCAUUCGUUCGCGCAUAUCCGCGGCAAAGUGCGGAGUGAGAGUGGCGAUAUGCACUCUGCAGCUUCACUACUAGUAGGCAUCGCUUCUGCUCUGAUUCGACGGCUCCAGCGCCAUCCACUACCACAGAUGUCUUUGUUGGCUGGGUGCUCCGUCCGGUGGCUUUGGGCGGCAAAGAAUUCCGGCUGCCAAUGCCGCCAUGCCUUGUCGGCUACGGCGAUACGCACUGCCGACGAGCACACGGAAAAAGGAAUGAGUGGUCAGAUGCGCUGCGCAGUGCAUCGUAGGCUACAGUUUCAACUCCUGCGUCGCGACCGCCACAUGCGGAGGCGCAGGAAACGAACGCCGGGAAGGCGCGACUGUCGAAUCCUUUCAACAGGAAAUCCGCUGCCGCAAAGGCCUAGAUUUCGAGAGCCAGCAUCCAGCCUGCGCAGCAACGUCGUAUGGGAGUGCACACGAUCGGCGACUACCAGUCUACCACCGCAGCCACUACCGCGGGCUCCACCGGGGACCCAAUCCAAGGACCGAGUAUCAGAGACUCACAUUUACCGCAGCCUGCAGAGGGUUCGAGGUAUUUGAACAAUGCACAUUGUCCUUCUGCGGCCGCGACGGACCGGAUCCUCCGUCUUGGGGAAUGCCCAUGACAACCCCUAAGGCCACAUUCGUACGCUCGCCCUCGCCUCCCCGAACACCUUGCUUCCUCCACGCCGCCCUGCCUCCGCAACACGAUCGAUGUGUAGUAACCUCGCGCUAUGCGCUGCUCGGAAAAUCGGAUAAUCGGAGGGAGUACAUUAUACGUCCUUGUUCUGCAGCCUGCAGGCCGUUGGCGGUGGUCUGGCGGCGUUCGCGGUGGUCUGGCCGGUGGUCUGGCCGGUUGUCUGGUGGGUGUGGAUGUGUCGGUAAAGCUCGG